CUACUCCGGCUCAUGCCUCACUAUGGUCUCGAAGCCGCCACUAACCGGCCAGGUUCCGGGAGGCGCUGUUCAGGAUGCAGCCACCCCCGCCCGCCUCUCCCCUCCCCCACGCCCGCGGCGGCGGCGGCGGCGGCUGGAGCCCGGAUGCGGCACCGUGAGACAGGCCCGGGAGAGCGGCGCGGAUGGAUCCAACAUGGCGGCGCCGAGCCUGAGCCGAGAGAAGAGACCUGGGAAAUUAAGUUUCUUGCAGAGUAUAGUGGGGAUUGCAGCUGCUGAGCAGGGAUUCUGGAAAGCAUUGUGCACCUGAGCCCCCAGCAUGGCGGGCCUAAAGCGGAGGGCAAGCCAGGUGUGGCCCGAAGAGCAUGGUGAGCAAGAGCACGGGCUGUAUAGCCUGCAUCGCAUGUUUGACAUCGUGGGCACCCACCUGACACACAGAGACGUACGAGUUCUUUCCUUCCUCUUUGUUGAUGUCAUUGAUGACCACGAGCGUGGCCUCAUCCGAAAUGGACGUGACUUCUUAUUGGCGCUGGAGCGCCAGGGCCGCUGUGAUGAGAGUAACUUUCGCCAGGUGCUGCAGCUGCUGCGCAUCAUCACCCGCCAUGACCUGCUGCCCUACGUCACCCUCAAGAGGAGACGGGCUGUGUGCCCUGAUCUUGUAGACAAAUAUCUGGAAGAGACAUCAAUUCGCUACGUGACACCCAGAGCCCUCAGCGAUCCAGAACCGAGGCCUCCCCACCCCCCUAAAACAGUGCCUCCCCACUAUCCUGUGGUGUGCUGCCCCACUUCGGGCCCUCAGAUGUGUAGCAAGCGGCCAGCUCGAGGGAGAGCCACACUUGGGAGCCAGCGAAAACGCCGGAAGUCAGUGACACCAGAUCCCAAGGAAAAGCAGACAUGCGACAUCAGACUGCGGGUUCGGGCUGAAUACUGCCAGCAUGAGACUGCUCUGCAGGGCAACGUCUUCUCUAACAAGCAGGACCCACUUGAGCGCCAGUUUGAGCGCUUUAACCAGGCCAACACCAUCCUCAAGUCCCGGGACCUGGGCUCCAUCAUCUGUGACAUCAAGUUCUCUGAGCUCACCUACCUCGACGCAUUCUGGCGCGACUAUAUCAAUGGCUCGUUACUAGAGGCACUUAAAGGUGUCUUCAUCACAGACUCCCUCAAGCAGGCUGUGGGCCAUGAGGCCAUCAAGCUGCUGGUGAACGUGGAUGAGGAGGACUAUGAGCUGGGCCGACAGAAACUCCUGAGGAACUUGAUGCUGCAAGCAUUGCCCUGACCUUUUUCCCCUUCUCACUUCUCUGGGGACUUCUCACCACCCACCUCUGGAGCUUACAUACCGUUCUGGGGUUUGUUCUCUACCCUUCCAACCAAUCACACCCCUGCCUUUUUUUUUUAAAGGAAAAGACAAAUGAAAAAUGGAAGUGGUGUUCCCCACCCCUCCCUGCACCCAUGUGCCUGGGCUUCCCUUUGUUUCCCUUUUCCACUUACCCCCCUCAUGUGUGUCUCUACAGCCACCUUGCCACUGAGCCAUAAGACAAAUGUAUAGGGAGAAGCAAAGUCUAUAGAACAUAGUCUUUGUAAGGAAUUGAAGUGAUCACUGCUUUUGGGUGCAAUGAGGGGUUAUCAGUACUUCUGGCUUUAUGAGGGCUCUUAAAUUUUGUCUGAGAAACCAAAGGGCUGUCUGUAGGGAGCUGUGUGGACGGUGGGACUCUGAAGUGUAUUUUGGAAAUUAAUCACCACCCUCUCCCAAAUUAUAGAAUUUUUAAAAAACAAAGAAGCUGUGGCCCUUUCCACUCUCUCCUGGCCUCUGGUGCUGCUCCUCUCUGCCUCGUUCCUCCAUUCCAUGGCUUGAAAUCUCGGCCUGGUGUGGCUCCUUUCUUUUCCCUCUUUGUCAAACCCUCUUCAAAGGAGUAAUAGGUAAGCGGACUAGGUCAGCCUAGUCACCCUCCCAACUGUGGUGUGUGUGUACACACAUACACAGGGUGGAUGGAGAAGAGGUUGCUGAUUAAAAUGCACUCCCCCUAAAAAGGGGAAGGGGGAGUGUGACACUUCCUUUCCAUGUUCGAGUGAAAAUAAAUAUGUACCCUGCA